AAGAAAUUGGAAGGAACAUUGAAAAGUCCAAACUCAAACGCGCAAACGAAAUCAACCAUUUUCUCUGCCCAACGGAUUUAACCAAAACUAUAAUCGGCGCGGUAAAUUACAGAAAGCCAAAGCUCGUCGUUUUCUCCUUGUUUCUUCGACGCAAUCACUUCUCUCUUUCCGUCUUUCCUUCUAUUUCAUAAGGAUCUAUUUAAAGUUUCUUCGUGUUCAUCUUUUGAUUUUCUGCUCACCAUUUGCCAGUUGAUAACUCAGAAUGGGUCAAGCCCUUGGUUGCAUUCAAGUCGACCAGUCAACUGUAGCUAUCAGAGAAACAUUUGGGAGAUUUGACGAUGUGCUUCAACCUGGUUGCCAUUGUCUACCAUGGUGCCUUGGGAGCCAGAUAGCUGGUCAUCUUUCUUUACGUCUCCAGCAGCUUGAUGUUCGAUGUGAGACAAAGACAAAGGACAAUGUUUUUGUCACUGUCGUUGCCUCUAUUCAAUACCGAGCCCUAGCAGACAAGGCUUCAGAUGCUUUUUAUAAGCUUAGUAAUACAAGAGAACAGAUCCAGGCAUAUGUUUUUGAUGUUAUUAGGGCAAGUGUUCCAAAGUUGGACCUAGAUUCUACUUUUGAACAGAAGAAUGAUAUUGCAAAGGCGGUCGAAGACGAGCUGGAGAAGGCCAUGUCGGCUUAUGGAUACGAGAUAGUUCAAACUCUAAUUGUGGACAUUGAGCCAGAUGAGCAUGUAAAGCGAGCAAUGAAUGAAAUAAAUGCAGCUGCAAGACUGAGAGUUGCUGCAACUGAGAAAGCUGAGGCAGAGAAGAUAUUGCAGAUUAAGAGAGCUGAAGGAGAUGCCGAAUCCAAGUAUCUGGCCGGGCUUGGUAUUGCACGGCAGCGUCAAGCCAUUGUCGAUGGGCUCAGAGACAGUGUACUAGCAUUUGCUGAAAACGUCCCUGGAACGACAUCUAAGGAUGUCAUGGACAUGGUUCUUGUGACUCAAUACUUCGACACGAUGAAGGAGAUUGGAGCGUCAUCAAAGUCUAAUUCUGUGUUCAUCCCACAUGGACCUGGUGCAGUUAAAGAUAUUGCUUCACAGAUCAGGGAUGGUCUUCUCCAAGCAAGCCAAACUUAGUAGAUGGGUCAAGAUUGAAGAUACUUGUGAAGAUGGUAUAUUAAGUGUGUAGAAUAUGAUAUUUAUUUGUGUAUGGGUUUGGUUGUUUUGUUUAAUUUGCAAAUCUGUUCUAUGUUAUGACUUACACGUAUAGUUGUCCUUUUAAAUUAAUAGUGCUUUAAAUAAAUAGUCACUCUCUCUCAAUCAAGUAAUAUGAAUAAAAAAGAGGACGUGGUUUCAUUAA